AAGCAAAAAAAGAAAGAAAGAAAAAGGGUAUAUUUGGAUAGGAUUGUGGGCACCAUCAUCAUCAAUGAUCAACAAUCAUCAAUUUCAUCGACAGUUUUUUAAGCAAAGGUUGGAGCAAAAUGUCAUAUUAUCUGUCCUCUGAUCCACUAGCCCUUCAUCCGUCUUGUAAACUAAUCCACAAAUUACAGUCGCGUCGAGGGCUUUACAAGGUCAAUGGGCGGUGUUGGGGACGCAAGGGAGCGGGACCCAUUGAAGCAAAUCUUGAAAGGAGUAAUGGGUUCCGCUUGUACUCCUCACCCAGAUGGGUUUUUCUUUCUCCCUCUUGAAAUUUUUACGUGACAGUAAGAAAAACAGGGUAUUCUCUCAGUUGGAUGAUUAUCGGCCUUUAUAAGGAGGUUGACUGAGCAAAUACAGCAGAAUUUCAACUCGAGUUUACGAAUUUAAACUCAUCUUGGGACUUGAAUUUCUUCUACUUCUGAUAAAUUUCAGCAGGUUCACGGAUGAACACAAUCUUCAUUUCUAUUUCCUGUUGAUUUUGAAGAAUUUGUGUUGGCUGUAAGUCCGAUCUUGUUGAGAAUCUGGUUUGCUUGUGAAUUGGGCUUUUCGUUUUCCCUGAAAUAAGUCUUCUCUGAUCUCGUUUCUUUCAAGUGUCAUUAGUUAAUCGCUCGAUCGUUGUUAGUGUUUAUUCAGGCGUUUUUUCUUAACCAAAUUAGAUAUUACCAGUUCUUGCACCCUUUUGUUAUUUUCACUUGUACUGCUGCUGCUGCUACUUUGUUGUAAUGGAAAGGUGUUUGUAUAAUUAUGGAUGGACUACCAAACUGAGCUUGAUUUCCUUUUUUUGGUUUUGAUAGCGUUGGAUGCAAUGAUUGUAAUGGGUUCUCGUAAAGUCUCAUAUUAUGUUCUUCUGCUAUGCUUCGGUAUUGUGGUUAUCUCUGUUUGUACAUUCUUUGCCAUUGGAGAUGACACCGCCCAGCCCGUUCGCCUAGUUGUUAAUGCUUCAAAUGCAUCAACACGGCAGAUUCCUGAAACACUUUUUGGAAUAUUUUUUGAGGAAAUUAAUCAUGCAGGGGCUGGUGGAAUAUGGGCAGAGCUUGUGAGCAACAGAGGGUUUGAAGCUGGGGGUCCGAAUGUUCCAUCGAAUAUUAGUCCUUGGUCAAUCAUAGGAAACGAGUCAACUAUAAGUGUAUCAACAGAUCGCUCAUCCUGCUUUGAUCGGAAUAAGGUUGCCCUACGUAUGGACGUGUUGUGUGACAGUGAAGGUAUCAAUGUCUGUCCAACUGGAGGAGUUGGUAUCUACAACCCUGGAUUCUGGGGCAUGAAUAUCAAGCAAGGGAAGGCAUACAAAGUGACUCUUUUUGUUCGAUCCUCGGGAAAAAUUGAUGUGUCCAUUUCACUCACAGAUUCGAGUGGGCUGAAAAAGUUGGCAACAUCAUCCAUCAUAUCUUCUGAUGUGUCAAACUGGACAAAGAUGGAGGUUCUAUUGAAUGCCUCCGAAACUAAUCCCAAUUCACGUCUUCAGUUGACAACGUCAAAAAAAGGGGUAAUAUGGUUCGACCAAGUCUCAGCCAUGCCUCUGGAAACAUAUAAGGGUCAUGGUUUCCGAAACGAUCUAGUCCAAAUGAUGGCUGAUUUAGAACCCCGAUUUAUUAGAUUUCCAGGUGGAUGCUUUGUGGAAGGUGAGUGGUUAAGAAAUGCAUUUCGUUGGAAAGAAACCGUUGGACCAUGGGAACAGAGACCUGGACACUUUGGUGAUGUUUGGAUGUACUGGACUGAUGAUGGACUUGGCUAUUUUGAGUUUCUCCAACUAGCAGAAGAUCUUGGUGCUGCGCCAGUUUGGGUGUUCAAUAAUGGAAUCAGCCACCAAGAUGAGGUAGAUACUUCCGCUAUCUCACCGUUUGUGCAGGAAGCGCUCGACAGUAUCGAGUUUGCGAGAGGAGAUCCUAACUCUACUUGGGGUUCCAUUCGGGCUUCGAUGGGACAUCCAGAACCUUUUGACUUGAAGUAUGUUGCCAUUGGAAAUGAGGACUGUGGCAAAAAGAACUACAGAGGAAAUUAUGUCAAGAUCUACCACGCGAUGAAACGUGCCUAUCCCGACAUUAAAAUAAUUUCUAACUGUGACGGGUCUUCUAGGAAGUUGGAUCACCCAGCUGAUUACUAUGACUUUCAUAUAUAUACCUCCGCCAACCAAAUGUUUUCAAUGGCUCAUAGGUUUGAUAAAACAUCACGCACUGGUCCCAAGGCUUUUGUGAGCGAGUAUGCUGUGACGGGAUCAGAUGCUGGCAAAGGCAGUCUUCUUGCAGCUCUCGCUGAAGCAGCAUUUCUCAUCGGCCUUGAGAAGAACAGUGAUAUUGUUGAAAUGGCAAGCUAUGCACCACUUUUCGUGAAUACUAAUGACAGAAGGUGGAAUCCAGAUGCUAUUGUCUUCAACUCAUCCCACUUGUACGGAACGCCUAGCUAUUGGAUGCAACGUUUUUUUGUAGGCUCAAGUGGAGCAACUCUUCUUGAUACUACACUGGAUGCUAAUUCUGCUUCUUCCCUAAUUGCAUCUUCCAUUAUAUGGAAAAAUCCCGAAGAUGAACACAACUAUCUUCGAAUAAAGAUUGUUAACUUUGGAAGCAACGAAGUGAGUCUCAAGAUAUCUGUAAAUCAUUUGAAUGCAUUCUCCAUUCAGAAAUCCGGGUCAUCUCAGACUGUACUUACAUCUCGUAAUUUGAUGGAUGAGAAUUCCUUGAAUGACCCAAUGAAGGUGAUUCCGAUCAAAAUUCCGCUCAACACAGCUGGAGAAAACAUGGACGUUGUACUUCCCUCUCAUUCUCUAACUUCACUUGAUUUGUUCAUGGAAUUUAGCAGUAUAAGGAUGCCUGGAAGCUAUCAAUCAUCAACAUCUGCUAUCUGAAGUUGUAUAUGAAGCUAAUAAGCAAAACAGUGAAUGCAUGCAUACACGUCCGGUAAUGGCACCAUUCUUGUAAAUUUACAUACUAAUUAUAUGGAGCUAUUUCCCCCAAUUUGGCUGUCGAACACCAUGCUAGUAUGUCACGAUUACGAACUCAAUAGAACCUCUACAAUCAUUAUACCUCGUGUUCUUUACAUCAAUGAUUAGGAACUCAUAAUUGAGAGCGAGCCUAA